AUGACGCAAGACAAACCGGCAGUCGUUUGUGUCUUCUGCGGUUCAUCAGCAGGCAAGGACCCAGCACACCUCGAGGCGGCCCGGGCCCUGGCCUAUGAAUUACACAAGAACAAUGUCCAGCUCGUAUAUGGCGGCGGCACCACAGGGCUCAUGGGCGAGAUCGCCAGAACACUAGUCUCUCUAUCUGGGCCCAAGGCUGUCCACGGCGUGAUCCCGCGGGCUCUGGUCAAGGUGUCGGCCAAAGGAGUCGGCGAAAACGGGGCCGCCACCGAAAUGAAUGGCGGCAAGGGAGCGGAGCGAGUGGUCUCGGAGGCUGAGGACCAAGAAGAGAUCCCCGAGUCAGAAUACGGUGUGACGACUAUCGUGCAGGACAUGCAUACUCGCAAGCGACUGAUGGCUACAAUGGUGCUGGAGGGCGGACCCGGAUCUGGGUUUGUCUCUCUGGCUGGUGGGUUCGGUACCAUCGAGGAGGUUAUGGAGAUGACGACCUGGAAUCAACUGGGCAUUCAUCGCGUUGGGGUGGUAUUGCUGAACAUCAAUGGAUACUGGAAUGGCUUGCUGGCUUGGGUGCGCAACGCCGUGGAGCAAGGAUACAUCAGUGGUGAGAAUGGGUCGAUUCUGGCGGAGGCUCAUACUGUUGAGGAGGUUUAUCCUAAAUUGUUGGAGUAUCAGUGCAGCUGUGACCGAAUGCAGCUGAACUGGGGCGAGGAAUAA